CUAGGAAACUGGUCCUCUCCGUCCCCGAAUUGUCACCCGAUCCAAUGUCCGCCGCUGUUCCUGGAGGAUCCGCACCUCAGUUUGGUGGAGCUGAAUACUUCGGCCUGGGGCCGGGCCGUAUUCCGAUGCGCCUGGGGCUAUCGACUCAGCGGUCCACCCGGGCUAGAAUGCGAACCGAAUGGCCGGUGGAGUGGACCCAUCCCCAGAUGUCGCGCGAUUCAAUGUCCUCAGCCGCUUGUCCCGAUAAAUGGAAGAAUCGACGGAACCAGUGGCCUGAACACAUUCGGACAGCGUCGCUACGCCGUGGGAGCUUUGGUAACGUUUAGUUGCACCGAGGGUCACAUGUUGGUCGGUGAGGCGUCGAUUGUGUGCACGGAGACCGGUUUCUGGUCCCAUCCGCCACCAUUUUGUAAGGCCCAGUGUCCGUACCCGGGUGAUCCCCCGAAUGGUUUGAUAGCGCCGCUGAAGUUCUACUACGACCCUGGGGACUAUCUGACGGUGCAGUGUCGGCCCGGAUUCGUCGAGCAUGGGGCCAACGGAGGUCCACCGGAACGUCCUCGAU